UCUCUCUCUCUCUCUCUCUCUAAAUAUAGCCAAGCUUUCCCUCAAAAAUCUCUUCACCACACUCUCCCAUACUCUCCUCCAUUUCCGUCAAAUUUCUUCUCCAUAAUUCUAGUCAUACAUACCCACAGCUAUUCUUCCUCUAUCUCCCCUUCUUCCCCAACCUUCCCUCUGAGAGGAAGCAGGUCUUUGUGAUCUCUUCUUUCUCUCCAUUUCUCUCUAACCAUGGCUUUCCCAUUACUUCUCAUUCUACUCCUUUCAUCUCUCUCCUCCAUCCCCUUCUCAGAAUCAGCACUCACCCUCAACUACUACGCGAAAUCGUGUCCAGAGUUUGACGAAAUCAUGCAAGGAAUCAUCACCACCAAGCAAAUGACCAAUCCCACCACCGCCGCAGCCACCCUCCGCCUAUUCUUCCACGACUGCAUGGUUGAUGGCUGUGAUGCCUCCGUCCUCAUCAGCUCCAACUUUGUCAACCAGGCAGAGAGAGACACCGACAUCAACCAAUCCCUCUCUGGAGAUGCCUUUGACCUUAUCGUCCGCGCCAAGACUGCCCUUGAGCUGGCAUGCCCCGGAAUUGUGUCUUGUGCUGAUAUUCUAUCUCUCUCCACUCGCGACCUUGUGACGAUGGUCGGCGGUCCUUACUAUAAAGUCCGGCUUGGCCGGAAAGACGGGCUUGUCUCAAUGGCUUCCCGCGUAGAAGGCAACUUAGCAAGAUCUAACACCUCAAUGGACAAGAUGAUCACCAUGUUCCAAACCAAAGGCUUCAGUCUACAAGAAAUGGUGGCAUUGGUGGGUGGUGGUCACAGCAUUGGGUUUGCUCAUUGCAAGGAGUUCAGCAAUCGGAUCUUCGGAUUCAGCAAAACUUCAGAAGUUGAUCCAGAACUCAAUCCUAAGUUUGCAGAUGGAUUAAGAAAACUUUGUGCAAAUUACACAACCAAUCCGGCAAUGGCGGCCUUUCUUGAUGUCAUGACACCAGGCAAGUUCGACAACAUGUUCUUCCAGAAUCUGCAGAGGGGUUUGGGGCUUUUGUCUUCGGACCUUGCUUUUGUUGCUCACCCGAGGACUAGGCCGUUGGUCGAAAAGUAUGCCAGAGACCAGGCAGUAUUCUUCAAUGAUUUUGCUCAUGCCAUGGAGAAGCUCAGCGUGUAUGGAGUCAAGACAGGCCGCAAGGGAGAGGUGAGGCACAAAUGCGACGCAUUCAACUCCAUCAAGGCAUAA